AUGUCUUUCCUCUUCGGCGGUCGUCCCCAGCUCUCUUCGGAACAGAAGAUUGCUGCAGCAGAAACAGAAGUCGAGAUGGUCUCUGACUUGUUCAACCGUCUCACACAAUCCUGCACCCAAAAAUGCGUCCCUCCCGAAUACCGCGAAGGUGAAUUGAACAAGGGCGAAUCCGUCUGCCUCGACCGCUGCGUCUCCAAAUUCUUCGAAGUCAACAUCAAGGUCAGCGAGAAGAUGCAGGGCGAGGCCGCCGCUAAGCAGGGUGGUAUGGGUGGAUUUGGCAUGUAA